UUUUUUGAAAAAAUGAUGCAAAGUGAAGAGGAUGCAUCCUCACUAAAAUCCUAUCCAUCCUCUAAUCAUCAUCAUCAUUAUGAUCAUCAUCAUCGUACCGGUAGUAGUAGUGGUACUGGUAAUGGUGUUAGUAGUACAACCACUACACCUGUUUCUCCAGUAAAGAAAAAAGUAGUAGCCUUUGGAUCCGAUGUUAGUGAUGAUGAACAACAAGAUGAAGAUAGUGAAUUAAUUGUUUAUAUGGAUGAGAGUAGAUUAUUUAACAAACAUCGUAAUCAUUAUUCAUCUUCCAAUAAUACCUCAUCCAAUUCUACUGUUAAUAAUUCAUCUAAUCAAGGCUCAAAUGAUGAAGAAUUAACAGCCUUUGAAAAUUUCUCAAAUUCAGUUUCGGGAACUAAAAUUUCAUAUUCAAGUCGUAAAAGAAGAGUAUCUGUUUGGAUACCAACUUUAUCAAAUGGUUUAAUUUCAUCACUAACUGCUAAAAUUACAAAUACUGUUGAAUUUGAUUUUAAUAAGAAGAAUUUAGAUUCAAAUGCUAGUCCUAUGAAAGAAAAGAAAUAUGUUGGAUAUUCUAUUGAUAUUACAAUUGGAUUUAAUAAUGAUCAUACUAAAUGUCAAUGGUCUGUUAUAAGAAGAUAUAAUGAAUUUAAGAAGUUUUAUUCACUUUUAAAGAAAACAUGUACAAAUAAGGAUAAAUUUGGAUUAAUUAAAUUUCCAAAUAAGAGUCCAAUUACAAGUUUUAACGAUUCAAAUUUAUUAGAAUUUAGAAAAAAGAUAUUUAAUGAAUUUUUGAGUUCAGUCAUUUCAAUGGCUUCACAUGAAACUGAAGAAGGAAAGAAAAUUUCUUCUUUUGAAUUUUUGAUUUAUUAUUUUUUAGAUAUUCAUAAUUCACCUGUUUCAUUUUUAUUUGAUCAUCCAUAUGGAGAAGUUUUUAAACAAAUUAAUCAAUUUUAUCAAACAACAAGAGAAGAAAAGAGAAGAUUAAAAAGAUUAAUUGAAAUUGAAAGAAAUUAUGAUGAAGAACAAGAAAGUGAUAAUGCUCAAUAUUUAUUAAGAGAACAAGAAUGGUAUGAAUAUAAAUUUCAAAGACUUGAAGAAUUAAAUAGAGAAUUAAAUGAAUUAAGAUUAGGAGGUGAUGAUUUUUUUAUAGAUUUAAAAGGAAAACCACAUAUUCUUUCAGUUGAUAAAUUAUCAAGUUCACUUCAUAUUUAUUUAUUAAGUGAAAAUACAUCUGAUAGAUUAGAACAUACAUUUGUACAACAAAUUUAUAUAGAUUCAAUUCAAAUUAUUAGAGAAUGUAAUUCAACAUAUAGAGGAGAUGGAUUUGAAAUGAUUGAUAUUCAAUUAUUGAAUGGUGAAUCUUUUCAAUUUUAUGUUUUUGAUAGAAAGGAAUUAAUUUACUCUGUUGGUGCUCAAGUUAAUCAGUACAAAUUAGCAAAAGCUAAAUUUAUUAACUAUCUUGUUUGUACAGUUUUAAGAUUGAAAAAGGAAAAAUAUGAUGAAAGUAAUCAAAUUCAUGAACAAGAUUUAAUGGAACUUUAUUCAUUACUUAAACCUGAUGAUCCACUUACAAAGAGAAAAUCAAGACAAUGGAUUAAUAUUGGAUUUCAAGGUGAUAAUCCUUCAACAGAUUUUAGAGGAGGUGGUUACAUGUCAUUGAGAAUGUUAUUAUUCUUUGCUCAAAAUGAAAGUGAAACGAUGAAAUUAUUAUUAAGUGAUCAUGCUGAUUAUCCAUUGUGUGUAUCUGGAAUUAAUUUAUUCUUUACUUUAUGUACUUUAUUAGAUUUGGAUAAUAUUUCAACAUCACCUACUAUUGAAAGUAUUGAAGAGAAAUUUCCACUUUUCAGAUUUUUAUGUCUUUUAUUGAAGAAUAAUUAUGAACAAGAUUGUGAACAUUUAUUUGGACAAGCAUUCAUUCUAUUAUGUAGAUUAUUACACAAAAUAUUCAUUGAUGAAUGUGCUGGAUAUAUGGACUAUCCAAAUAUUGUGGAAAAGUGUAAAAAAUUAUUAGAGGAGGCACUUGUAAAGAGACCAAAUGAUUUUGAUAGUUUGAGAGUUUCACUUGGUCUUUUAUAACAAUUUUAAUUAAAUUUAGUAAUUUAAGUUCAGUUGU